GUUGAUGGAUGCGAGCAAAUGAUGUUCUUUUCUGUCGUUUCAGGGGGAGAAUUGUUGUCACAGCGUGAACACAGCACUGUUCAGCAAAUAAUAAAUUACUUUUGCUGUCACCACCGAGUCAAUCAAGGAAAGGUUUGUGUAAGUUUCAGAGGUUUGCAUAACUGAGAAGUCUGUCAUAAAAGAAAGGCAAAUGUUACCAUACGCGACAAACAAAAAUCGUGGAGAAAUUCCAUCACGAUUUCGAGUGAAUCCCCCGGUUUAAAGCUGUUUUUUCCAAACAGACGUUUGAACAAUGAGCUCUAACCUGCAGUCACUCUCCGUCGGCGCGUUUGGCUGAUGCGCAGCGCCUCCCCAACUGGUCUCUCACUUUGACAAAUUCCUGGACGUGAGCGGAUCUGCUGAAUGGGUUCUAGCUCUCUUAAAGAUGACACCUUGAAUAUUUUAGAAGUUGAACUCAACUGCAAAACUGUUUUUCCACGGUUAGACUAUUUAUUCCAAAGGGCACAAUGUUGGGACUGUGGUCAUUCUGCGCUUUUUCUCCUCUGGUUUUCGUGUUGCUGAACCCCUUUCACUCCAAGUUUGUGGCACAAGCGGAAAUAACUACUUCUAGAUCCAACCACAGGUUUAAUCGUCUGGAUGUAUCACCGCUGGAAAAUCGCUCAAAAUUAACGGGUGUUAAAGUCUCAGUAAAAGUCGACAACAGCACAAAAGUUUUCAGUGAAACAGAAUCUCCUGAUUUUGGUAACAAUGGGAAUCAAAUGGGGAAUGGCACAGUGAGUGGACUGAAUGACGCACCGACCGACAUCAAACCGGCUCCAAACUAUAACAAUGAUCUUAAAAUAGCGCGUAAAAACUAUAAAAACACCGAUCUGCGACCUACAGAUAUAAUACUGGAGGACGCAGAUCCGCAACAAAAACCGAGGAAAUCACGGAGCGUGGCUUCUGCGCACACGGACAAUUUGGAAAGGAGUACAACUGGAGAAGCGCAGUCAAGAGACAGGUUUGUGGAGGCUGUCCAGGGUGGCUCCAGCUCCAGAGCUGAGCACCGGCGCACUGGAGAGGACGCCAGAGGGUCUAACCCCAGGCAAAGUGAGCCGCACCUGGACACUUCUACUUUUGCUCUGUCGGGAGACUCGGCACACAACCAGGCGAUGGUGCAUUGGUCCGGACACAACAGCAGCGUAAUCCUGAUCUUGACUAAGCUGUAUGACUUUAAUCUCGGGGCUGUUACUGAGAGUUCUCUCUGGAGAUCCACUGAUUAUGGAAGCACCUACACAAAACUCAAUGACAAAGUGGGUUCAAGGACAGUUUUAAGUUACCUGUAUGUGUGCCCCACCAACAAACAGAAGAUAAUGAUGCUUAGCGACCCAGAGGUAGAGAGCGCUGUACUCAUCAGUUCAGAUGAAGGGGCAAGCUUUGAGAAAUACCCCAUUAACUUCAACAUCCUGAGCCUGCUCUUCCACCCUGCACAGGAGAACUGGAUCCUGGCUUACAGUCAUGACAGCAAGCUGUACAGCUCAAUGGACUUCGGGAAGAGAUGGCAGCUCGUUCAUGAAAACGUGAUGCCGGGACGAUUCUACUGGGCGGUAAUGGGGCUGGACAGAGAAUCAGAUGUGGUCCACAUCGAGACGCGCAUCGCAAAAAGCCGUGCCCAGUAUGUGAAGUGCAGAGCCCAGAGAUGCUCAGAGGUCAACAGACAAUAUCUGUUCAAUGGACAUGUAGACACCAACUCACUGGUUGUGCAGGAUGAAUAUGUCUUUACACAGGUAACCAAGUCUGGUCGAGCUAGCUACUUUGUGUCCUACAUGAGAGAGUCCUUCAAGAGAAUGAAAUUACCUAAAUAUUGUCUACCAAAGGACAUGCAUAUUAUCAGCACAGAUGAGAAGCAAGUAUUUGCUGCAGUCCAGGAGUGGAAUCAGAACAACACUUACAGCCUCUAUAUCUCCGACUCCCCUGGGGUCUACUUUACCCUUUCAUUAGAGAAUCUGAGAACCAGCAGAGGACCCGCCGGUAACCUGCUGGUCGACUUUUAUAAGGUUGAAGGGAUAAAUGGCAUGUAUCUAGCCAACAAAUUGGUAGAUAAUCAAGUGAAGACGUUUCUAACCUACAAUAAGGGACAAACAUGGGCCCUGCUUCCAGCGCCCGCCACUGAUGUCGCCGGCAAUAACCUUCACUGCAUCCUGCCAUUUUGUUCCCUUCAUCUUCAUCUGGAGAUGUCAGAGAACCCCUACACAUCUGGACCCAUCACCAGCAAAAAGUCUGUACCAGGAAUCAUUGUGGCUACAGGGAAUAUCGGAACAGAGUUGUCCUCCACCAACCUUGGAAUGUUUAUAACAUCAGAUGCAGGAAAUAGCUGGAGACAGAUUUUUGACGAAGAGCACAACAUCUGGUUUCUUGACAACGGAGGGGCUCUUCUGGCGGUCCUGCACGCAGCCCAGCCGAUCCGACACUUAUGGAUCAGUGUAGACGAAGGAAAGAAAUGGGACCGUCACAGUUUCUCCUUGGCACCUCUGUAUGUGGAUGGAGUUUUAAUGGAGCCAGAAUCUGAAAACCACAUUAUCACGUUCUUCGGACACUUUAGCUAUCGAUCAGAAUGGCAGCUGAUCAAGAUUGACUACAAGGGCAUCUUCAGUCGGAGAUGUAUGGAUGGAGAUUAUCAGACAUGGCACCUGCACAACAAGGGAGAAAUGUGUGUGAUGGGCGAGAAACAGGUCUAUAUGAAGCGCAGACCAGGCAACCGUUGCAUGCUGGCCCAGGACUAUUCCAGGAUCUAUUCCUCUGAGCCAUGUGUCUGUACAGCCUAUGACUUUGAAUGUGAUUAUGGGUGGGAACGCCAGACGGAUGGAAAGUGCUCCCCUGCUUUUUGGUUUAAUCCAAAUGGCGCUGCUAAAAGCUGUAGCAACAGCCAAAGCUUCCUUAACAGCACUGGGUAUCGCAAAGUUUUAUCAAAUAACUGUAAGGAGGGAGGGAGGAAUGUGUACUCGCCCAGGAGGCAGGCAUGUCGUCCCAGACCUCCUCGCGGCCUGCGACUGUCCACCAGCCAAGGAGAGCUGAGCGCUGCCGUUGGAAGCAAUGUUACCUUCAUGGUCUACCUUGAAGAUGGAGACUCACUCAGGACCAGUAUCCAGCUAGACUUCGGGGACGGCAUCAGGAUCACAUACUCUAACCUGAGCAGGACUAAUGACGGCAUCAAACACAUCUAUAGAACAACUGGGAUUUACCGAGUGACAGCUUAUGCUGAAAACAGCCAGGGAUCUGACAGCAGCACACUGUUUUUACACAUCACCAGUCCAGUGGAGCGUAUAUAUCUCUCCGCUCCUAUUGUAACCACCAAGGGGAAGGAGGCUAAUCUGACAGUCGUGGUUUGGCCGAGCCAUACAAGAACAUUGACCUUCUUUUGGUGGUUCGACAACAGUUCAGAGCCCAUUAUAACCUUGGAGGGAAGCAUCUCAUACACGUUCCAGAAGGAGGGAAAAAACAAGGUCACGGUCCAGGUUGCCUCUGGGAACACUGUAAUGCAGGACUCAAAAGUUAUAACUGUUAAAGAGUUCUUCAGGUCGCUGCUGUUAUCGUUUUCACCAGCGCUUGAUGAGCACAAUCCUGACAUCCCUGAAUGGAGGGAGGACAUAGGCCGUGUGGUGCGGACAGCUCUGUCACAGGUGUCUGGAGUUCCUGGAGAUCAGCUUCUUGUCUCACUGUAUCCUGGUCUACCUACGACAGCAGAGCUUUUCAUCCUGCCCGAUGAGCAUAUACCAGCUGAGCACAAGAGAAGAAAUGACGAGGCGCUAGAAACGAUAUCACAUAUUUUUGUCACUGCCCUGAACCAAGGCUUAAUCCAGUUUGAACUGAAAGCUGAUAUCCGCAUCAUUGUUUACAUCACUCAGCAAACUCUGGCACCCCUUGUGGAUUCCAACUCCAUCCACAGUGGCUCGGCCAUGUUGAUGCUGCUCAGUGUGGUGAUUGUUGGUUUAGCAGCGUUCUUCAUCUACAAAUUCAAAAGGAAAAUCCCUUGGAUCCACGUCCAGACUGAAGACAGCCACGAGAAGGAACCAGAGGUGAUCAGUACAGUCAGUCCCAAUGACAACAUGUCCAAGGUCAAGCUCAGUGAGUUUCCCACUCAGAAGGAACUGAUGGAAAAGGAGCUGGAGGCCAGAAGCAGAGGAGGAAUUGGAAGAAAUGUGGAAAGAAUUGUAACGAGGGAGUUUCCAAACUGUACCAAUGUCUAAGGCAUUCACGCUGUUACUGAGUAAAGAUUGUUGUGUUUUACUUGUGAAUGACUUUGUUUGCUUUGUUGGCAUUACUUUUUAUCCUCCACGCUGCUAUUGUUCAGUCAAGUUUUUAACUCACAUGAAUAGACUAUAUAUAAAUAUAUAUAUAAAUAAUUUAUAAUAUUGUGCGAAGGCUGAGAGUUGGGCUCUUUGACCUCUAGUCUGAGGCUUGUGAUUUGUAGAAAACUGGCUUAAUUAUAAAGUUUAAAGGCAGAUUUUCCACACAGGUGAUAACAAUAUUUCUCAUUAGCUUCUAGAGUUACAAGAAUUGUUAUGUUUCUAUUUUUAUUGCAUUGCUAUUGGUGUUUAUUAAUACUUACGGCGCUGACCAUGUGCAUUUUUUUUUUUAUUAAUAUCUAUUCUGCCUGUAACAUCAGCCAGUGAAGGUGCAAUACCUUAUAAGCUACAGUCUAAUGCACAAAUCGUACAGACAAACAUUUAAUGGAAAAUGUAAUAUAAAUGAUAAUUCCCUCUUUUCUUUGUAUCCUGAAUAUGAAAUAUAGCAGAAAAUAGAUUGCUGUUAAAGCUACUAAAGGUUAAUAAGAGUGAACAUUACUCAUGCUGAACACAUUCUGCAUCUCAUCCUACCUUAAUAAAAAAGAAAUGUAAUUAAUAAGAAAUUUUAGGGUUAAUUAUCAUUUUAUAUGCUGAAGGAAAUGGGAUUUGUUAAAUAGACCACUUUAACUUUUGAACCAACAGUUAGCCCUGCUGAUAAACAUUCACGUUCACUGCCCCACAACUAGAGGCCAUUGCAGCAGAAAUACAAUGAAUAAACGGUGUUAAUAUCUCCAGAUGUGACUGCUGAUAAUGAAGAAAUACAUCAUUGGUUUCACCGUAAGAUAACAUGGUGCUUUCAACCACUGUUUCUCAGAUGAUGGUACAAAGGGAAAAUGGGACUUUGGACGACAUAUGGACACAAAGUUGUGGAAACAUGGAAACCUUGUACAUAGAAUAACAUGGAAUGUACAUCUAUACAGUAGCUUCAUCCUAUUUUAUUGUAAAGUAAACCCACUGAACAGGCAGUAGUAUGUUUCCAUGACUUACUGUCUCACAAUACAACUUGUAUGUCCUCUUCUUUCACUCAUUUGUUUAGUUUUCUACACUGGCAUGCCCUAAUUAUCUGUGAUGAAGGAUUUUAGUCUCUAUUAGGGUGAGCAGGACCUGUAUAUAUCAUGGUGAUUUCAAAGUUUACAAAACACAUUGAACAAAUUAUUAAAUUAACACCUUGUCUAAUAGUCUAGUUGUGCAAUUGCCAAAAGUUGUGCAUGAUCUAUGAUAUUGUUCUUUUUUUUUUUUGUUGAUGAUAUAAACAUCUUCUUGUUCUGAAUCAUGUUUCUUACUGUGAAGAAAUUGCCAUUUUGAAAUUGUUCAAAAUAAAUGUAUUUUUAUAUGGAAA